AUGUGUGAAUAUUUUGGCACCAAACAUGAACAGUACCAAUUGUACCAAUUGCUUAUGGCGGAACAUGGCUGGGCAGAGCCCAAGUCACUGGAGUUGCAUUCCUGGUGCCAAGCUAUCUUGAACUUUCCAAAGAAUUCUCGACAAUACUGGCCGUGGUUCGUGAAGAAGAAAAAAGACAUCCUCAAUGCUUGUACCAAGAUUCGCCACUCGGAAGUUUAUCGUCAAUCACAGGAUGCGGGAGCCAUUUUCAAGAGUUUUGAGGCUGGGGUAGGAUUGGCAAGGAUACAUCAGGAUUCUGCAGUUGUUCGGUACAUUCGGAACCUCGAGGCAGACUUCCAAGCAAUCGUCGAUGAUAUCUCGUCUCAGAAACAGACGGAGCAAGCUCAGCUCAUGCAGGGAGCCAUGGAGCGUACUAAAACACAACUAGAAGCGUGUUGUAGGGAAGCUGGUGAAAAGCUUACCGAUUCUGUCGACAUCAUGUCAAAUGAAAUUACAUCGAUCACUGAUGAAAUGACAAAUAUCGACGACUUCUCCGAGCCUGAUAUCGGAGAAAUGAUGUUAGAAGCAAAAGGAGCAGAAACGGUCCCUUUUGCGGAUCUGCCUCUAUGA